AUGGAGGAACGUAGAAAGCUGCCUCUAGGUAAAAUGGCAGGAAGGAUGGUACAAGAUGAAGGUGCUGGUCUUAACUCUGCCAUUCCUGGCCCUGCUAAUGGAAUGGGAAAUAUGUCGAAUUUGACAGUCCCCGUGCCAACAAGUGACCCAUUUCUGGAUUCUGUCCCAUCUAAAACUUCUAGAACUCUUGAACAGCCAAGGGCAACACUGGCUCCCCUGCAAACUACAUCUGUCCCUUCUACACCUAAACGACGCUUCAGGCCCAAAACACCAAGAACUAAACCUGCUCCCAGUAAAACACAGUUUAUUUCUUUGAAACCUAAAAUCCCUCUCAGUCCAGAAGUGACACACACCAAACCUGCCCUGGAACCUGAGACUCCACCACCAUCACAGCUGCCAAUAGAACCUGGAACACUGGGAACUAAACCUUCAACAACAACAUUAGUUCUGGAACCUGCUACGGUACAAUUGGAGCCCUUGGUGCCCACAGUUGCGUCGAAACCAUCUGAAAGACCUAAAACUACACGUAGACCAGAUGUACCUCAAAUCCAGCCUGAUUCAAAAUCACCAAAGCAAUUACUUCCUAAACCCAAAACCACAGCAAAACCGGAUACGCCACCACCUAAAUCCGUCUUUGAGCCUGUUACAUUUGAGAAUGAAGCGCCCUCCACAACCAUAGUUCCUGCCACAGUCAUUGAACCUGUAACUCUGAGAACUGAGGCUCCUUGGACAACAUUAGCUCCCAAAACAUCACAAAGAACAAGAACACGUCGUCCACGUCCACGUCCACGUCCCAAACAUAAAACCACGCCGAGCCCAGAGACACCUCAGACCAAACUAGACCUUGAACCUGUUACUACUGGGACAUCUUUAGCUCUAAUAACAACAAAGAGACCCCGUCGUCCACGUCCCAAGCCUAAAACCACGCCCCAUCCAGAAGUACCUCAGACCACACUGGUUUCUGCCACAAUCCCUGAGCCAGUUACUCUUAGGACCAAGGCUCCAGGGACGACCGUAGUUCCUGCCACAGUCCUUGAAGCAGUUACUCCUAUCAAAGAGGCUCCAGGGACAGCAUUCGUUCCUGUUACAGACCUUGAACCUGUUACUUUUACAACUGACACCUCUGGGACCACAUUAGCUACCAAAGCAUCACAAAGACCUCGUCGUCCACGUCCCAGACAUAAAACCACACCAAGCCCUCAAGUACCUCAGACCAAACCGGUUCCUGCUACAGUCCUUGAACCUGUCACUCUUAGACCAGAGGCCCCCAGAACAACAUUAGCUUCCAAAACAUCACAACAGACAAUUCAUCCACAUCCCAGACCAAAAACCACACCAAGUCCUGAAGUACCUGAGUCCAGACCAGCUCCUACUGCAGACUUUGAACCUGUUACAUUCAGAGCUGAGGCUUGGGUGACAACACAAGCUCCUAAAACAUCAAAACGGACCCGUCGUCCACGUCCCAAACCUAAAACCAAACCAACUCCUGAGGCACCUCAAACCAAACCGGUUCCCACUGCAGAUCUUGAACCUGGUACUUUUAGAACUGAAGCUCCAGAAAUCGUGGUUCUUCCUACAGUCCUUGAACAUGUCACUCUUAGAACCAAGGCUCCAGAAACAACAUUAGCUCCUAAAACAUCACGAGUUCAUCGUCCACGUCCCAGACCUAAAACCACAUCAAGCCCUGAAGCACCUCAGACCAAACUGGUUCCUGCUACUAGCUUUGAACCUGUUAUUCAUAGUUCUGAAGCUCCAGAAACAACAUUAGCUCCCACUGAACUGCAUACUCUUAUUUUGAAACCAGUGACAUCACCAAGCCUAGAAAUGACACAAAGUCAACCUGUUUCUGAAGUCCUGGAAUCGGUUACAUUUAGCACUGAGUCAUCAAAGGAAGCUAUAGCACCAACUGAAAUAGAUUAUGUAUAUUCCACUGCCAAAGCACCACUCAGGCCAGAAGAGCCAAAGACUGAAGUUGUGGAAUCUAUUACAAAUGUGUCUGAACCACCUGAGAUCACGCUAGAAACAUCACCUCUGCCUUCCCAAACUGUAAUCCUACCCAGCCCAGAUGAGCCUCAGACCGAACCGGUGCCCAAGCAGACACCGCGAGCUCCUCCCAAACCAAAAAUAUCUCCACGUCUAAGAAUCCCACCGACACAGCCAGCUCCUAAGGUGUUCCAGCGUGUUACUCCGAAGCCAAAGACAUCACCAAGUCCAGAAGUGUCCUAUACUCAGCCUGUUCCAAGAGAUGUGCUCCUUCCCCAUAAACCAGACCCCGAAGUCUCUCAGAGCGAACCUGCUCCUUUAGAGACACGAGGCAGCCCUUUCAUUCCUAUGAUUUCACCGAGUUCCAGUCAAGAGGAACUACAAACCACUCUGGCAGAAACAGACCAGUCCACCCAAGAACUCUUCACAACUAAGUUUCCACGAACAACUGAAUUGGCAAAGACAAUUCAGGCACCACACAGAUUGUAUACAACUCCUGUGAAGCCCAGAACACCUGACAAACCACACAUCAGACCUGGGGUCAAGCAAGCACCACUGCCAUCCGGUGCUGAUAGAAAUGUGUCAGUGGACUCUUCUCACUCCACAAAAAAACCAGGCACUCGUCGCCCACCCUUGCCACCUAGACCCAUGCCCCCACGAAGAAAGCCUUUACCACCAAAUAAUGUCACCGGAAAGCCAGGAAGCACAGGAAUCAUUUCAUCAGGCCGAGUAACUUCCCCACCCUUGAGGGCAACACUCAGACCUACUGAAGCCCCCUUGGAGAGAACAGAGACAGAUAAAAAGCAACCAACAGCUCCUGCCUCAGGAGAAGAUCUUGGUAAUAUGACUGACUUUAGCUCAAGUCCAACAAGAGAAACUGAUCCUCUUGGGAAGCCCAGAUUCAAAGGUCCUCACGUGCGGUAUAUCCAAAAGCCUGACAACAGGCCCUGCUCCAUCACUGACUCUGUCAAGCGAUUCCCCAAAGAGGAGGCCACAGAAGGGAAUGCCACCAGCCCACCACAGAACCCACCUACCAACCUCACUGUUGUCACUGUGGAAGGGUGUCCCUCCUUUGUCAUCUUGGACUGGGAUAAGCCACUCAAUGACACUGUCACUGAGUAUGAAGUUAUAUCCAGAGAAAAUGGGUCAUUCAGUGGGAAGAACAAGUCCAUUCAAACUACAAAUCAAACCUUCUCCACAGUAGAAAAUCUAAAACCAGACACAAGCUAUGAGUUCCAGGUGAAACCCAAAAACCCACUUGGUGAAGGCCCACCCAGCAACACAGUGGCAUUCAGUACUGAAUCAGCUGACCCUAGAGUGAGUGAGCCAGUUUCUGCAGGAAGAGAUGCCAUCUGGACUGAAAGACCCUUUAAUUCGGACUCUUACUCAGAAUGUAAGGGCAAACAGUAUGUCAAAAGGACGUGGUAUAAAAAGUUUGUAGGGGUGCAGCUGUGCAACUCUCUCAGAUACAAGAUUUAUCUGAGUGACUCCCUCACAGGAAAAUUUUAUAAUAUAGGUGAUCAGAGAGGCCAUGGAGAAGAUCACUGCCAGUUCGUAGACUCAUUUUUAGAUGGACGCACAGGACAGCAACUCUCUUCUGACCAGUUACCCACCAAAGAAGGCUAUUUCAGAGCAGUUCGCCAGGAACCUGUCCAAUUUGGAGAAAUUGGUGGUCACACCCAAAUCAAUUAUGUCCAGUGGUAUGAAUGUGGGACCACAAUUCCUGGAAAAUGGUAGAUGCUGCAAUCACGUUCAGAAGUGCCUUCUGUUUCAUCAUGGCAAAAAAUAAUUGGAAACAGUAUGGUGUUUGUCAUAUGCAUUUAAAGCUCUUAUGUUUACUAUGUAUAAAAGUUUAAAAUUAAUUAAUGGCAAUAUUAGAUGUUUACUAGGAAGAGCGCUGAGAAUAUUUAUCAGGUUUUACAAAGUCAUUUAAAGAAAGCAAAAUAUUGACAUUAACAGAAUAACAUUUUUGGGGAAGCUGGCUCCCUAUUCAUGGUAU